CACUUUUGCUUAUUUCUAUUUUCACUUUCUUCUUCUUCUUUUUGGCUAUUGUACCCACAACAUUCUUUCUUCUUCACUGUUUUUAAUUUCUUUUGAUCUCCAAGGCCUAUCAAGGAAGUCAACUUCACUGCUUCAUUUUCAGUUCUAAUCUCUCAACACUUUUCAGCCACUAAUUCAGGUCUAUCACCAAAUUUCCAGCUAGCUUUGUAAGACACUGCUUCAUUUUCAGUUCUAUUCUCUCAACACUUUUCAGCCACUAAGUCAGGGACAUAGCAAUGGAGCACGUAAAGCCUGUUGUUGGCAUUGCAAAUUGUCUCGGCACUCCUGUUUGUAAAUAUUUGCAAUAUCACAGAAAGCUGAACGAUUAUGUGAGAAACUUCAAGAGGAUGAGAGAUGAAUUGAAUUGCAAAAUGGAAGAAAUAGAGCUGCAAUUGAAAGCAGAGCUUCUUCGGCCUCUGGGGAAGAUACCAAAGAAGGGAGUUGAAAAUUGGUUGAAAGCUGUGAAACAGAUGAUUAGGGAAGCACAUGUUGUUGAAAACAAAGUCAGUAAUGGGAGAUAUCUCUGUCGUGCUUGCAACGGGAAGCUGGUUGAUGAAAAGACUCGAGAAAUGAAGGAAUUUCUUGAUAAAGCCCCUAAUGCCUCUGAAGGUCUUGCCAUGGAUGGUCCAAGUGCUGGGUUGCCACUGCCAACAUCAGAACUAGUUGGAGAGGAAGCUGUCAGAAAUGAGAUUUGGGCAUGUUUGAUGCAGGAGGAGGUGAGCAAGAUUGGGGUUUGGGGGAUGGGCGGUGUGGGUAAAACCACUAUCAUGAAGCACAUCCACAAUGAUCUUUUGAAACAAGAAAGAUUCGAAAGGGUCAUCUGGGUUACCAUAUCAAAGGAGUUUAAUGUAAUGAAGGUACAAGAUAAUAUUGCAAGUGCGUUGGAGUCGAAGGAAUAUUUAGACAAAGAAGAGGACAAGCUCGUACGAGCUGCAAUCUUGUCAGAAAUGCUGAAGAACGCAGGAAAGCAUGUUCUAAUCCUAGAUGAUGUGUGGGAUGAAGUCUCUCUAGAGGAAGUUGGGAUCCCUGAGCCGAGUGGCAGCAAUGGCUGCAAGUUGGUGUUGACAACCCGUUCGGAGCAUGUGUGUAAGUAUAUGGGUUGUAAGGUGAUAAAAGUGAAGCUCCUUUCAGAAGAAGAGGCAUUUAUUUAAGUUUUUAAAUAUAUAUGGUUUUAAAUCUACAUAAAAGAUUUUAAUUUGACAUGUUUAAUUUUUUAAGUUAACUUGAACAAUUUCACUCUAUUUGAAUUUCAUUUCAUUCGAUUUGAUUUGAAAAAAUUCCAAAUCGAGUUAGUAUGAUAAAAUAAAACCUGUAAACUCGAUUAACUCAAAA